AAAAAGGAAGCAUAAAUUUGAAAUAGAAUAUUGGUAGCGGUAGGUAGGCGAGGAAAAUAGGAAGAAAGCAUAUGCUCACCAAACUGGCAAGCGGAGACUGGAAGCCCCACUUCCAAAUUCCAACUACCUCACUCCUAUAUUCCCAUAUCAUUGAACUUUAUGAUCACAACUACUCCUAUUUUUGCUAAAGAAGAGUUCAGAGAGAGAGAGAGAGUGGCAGAUUUUGCAUUUUUCUGUGUUUCCUCUCUUAUCUUGUUGAGUAAAGCUGGUAUAUAUUCCGAUGGCACAAGUGGUUGUCAAUCCAGAUGAAGAGGUUGUUCUAGGUGAGGAAGUAGGCCAUGUAAGAGUGAUUACCUUGAACCAGCCUCGACGAUUGAAUGUUAUUUCAUUUGAAGUGGUUGAGUUGCUGGCAAGGCUUCUGGAGAAAUGGGAGAAAGAUGACGAAGCAGAACUCAUACUAAUUAAGGGAACUGGCCGUGCAUUCUCAGCUGGUGGGGAUCUUAAAAUGUUUUAUGAUGGAAGAAUGUCAAAGGAUCCAAGUCUAGAAGUGGUGUACAGAAUGUAUUGGCUUUGUUACCACAUCCAUACAUAUAAGAAAACUCAGGUUGCGCUAGUUCAUGGGAUUUCCAUGGGUGGAGGUGCAUCCUUAAUGGUCCCAAUGAAGUUCUCUGUUGUCACGGAGAAAAGUGUUUUCGCAACUCCGGAGGCAAGCAUUGGCUUUCAUACUGAUUGUGGUUUUUCAUACAUGCUCUCUCACCUCCCUGGGCAUCUAGGGGAAUUUUUGGGCCUGACUGGGGCAAGGCUGAACGGCGCAGAAUUGGUUACAGCAGGAUUUGCUACUCAUCUUGUCCCCUCUGAGAAACUCCCCGAGCUACAGAAUCGUUUGAUAAGUCUAAAUAGUGGUGACGAGCAUGCUGUCAAAUCUGCAAUCGAGGAAUUCUCCACAAAUGUUGAGAUUGAUGAACAAAGUAUCCUGAACAAGAAACCAAUCAUCGAUGAGUGCUUUGCCAAGGAUUCUGUGGAGGAGAUCAUAAUGUCAUUUGAAGCUGAGGCGAGCAAAGAAGGAAAUGGCUGGAUUGCACCAUUCCUUAAAGGCCUUAAGAGAUCAUCACCAACAGCAUUAAAGAUAACAUUACAUUCGAUUCGUGAAGGGAGGAAGCAAACACUGGCCGAAAGCUUGAAGAAAGAGUUCAGGAUCACGAUGAAUAUUCUUCGUACCGUGAUAUCUGGUGAUGUUUAUGAGGGUAUUAGAGCUGUUACAAUUGACAAGGACAAUGCACCCAAGUGGGACCCGCCGACCCUCGACGCCGUUGAGGCAGAAAAGAUCGAGCAGGUAUUCCAGCCAUUCGAAGAGGAUUUGGAACUCAAGAUUCCAACAGGAGAUGAAUUCAGGUGGCAAGGAAAAUACGAAGAUUCACCAUAUGCAGCUUCCAAGUGAGCCAAGAAGCCAUGCAUAUUAUACUUAUUUUGAGAAAGGAGAGGUUUAAUUUGCAUUUCACUACUUUAAAAAUCUGUAUAAGGAAUCUCUUGUUUUGUUUCUAGAGUAUGUAAUUUCAUGUUCACUUCUUGUGCUUUGAAUGAUCACAUUAUGAUAAGUUAUUCUCGAAA